CGAAACAAUCGCAGGCUACAACCCCCCAACAAGUCAUCGGACCUGUCAAUCAUCGGCGCCCUUUGAUGUCGGGACUCCUCUCCCUGUCUUGGGCUCAAAUGAGCUGUUUGCUGUUGUAAGGAAACAUUAGUCCUCUACCAACCAAGCAGCCGGGGGACGACACAUCUCAACUUUUUUUUUUCCCCUGCAUGUGGUGUGGUUGUUUCUGCACUUUGGAGGCGCCCCAGACUGAGGAGAUUUAACAGAAAAGAAGUCCAUUGAUUCUUUUCCCCCCCCUUCAUUUAUACUUUUUUAUUAUUGUUUUGUUUUUUUUAAAGCGUAUACUAAUAUCGCAGGGGGAGAAGGCAAGUAGACAUGCCUCAGCUCAGUAGCGGCGGCGGGGACGACCUGGGAGCGAAUGAUGAGAUGAUAGCGUUCAAAGACGAAGGGGAGCAAGAGGAGAAAAUCCAAGAAAACGCGUUCACGGAGAGAGACCUGGCCGACCUCAAGUCCUCUCUGGUGAACGAGUCGGAAAUAAAUCAAAGUCCGAACGCAGCGGCGGUGAGGCGGGCGCAGCAGGGCGAGCAGAGGGGCUUCGCGGAGAAGCACCGGGAGCAUCUCGACGGCGUGUCGAAGCACCAAGAUGGAGGCAUGUACAAGACGCCGGCGUAUCCAGGGUAUCCCUUCCUGAUGCUGCCUGACCCCUACCUCCCAAACAGCUCGGUUUCUCCAUCUUCCAACAAAGUGUCGGUGGUCCAGCAGUCUCACGGGAUGCACCCGCUGACGUCCCUCCUGCCCUACAGCAACGAGCAUUUCAGCCCGAGUCCUCCACACCUGCCCACAGACAUGAGCCAGAAGACAGGAGUUCACAGGCACCAGUCCCAGGACCUCUCAGGGUACUACUCCCUCCCUCCAGGCGGCGUCGGCCAGAUCACUCCCUCCAUGGGCUGGCAGAGCCAGCCAGUCUACCCUGCCCUGUCCCCCUGUGGAUUCAGGCAGCCCUACUCCUCCAACCUCUCCGGCGCCUCCUCCUACUCCAGGUUCCCUCACUCUCUGAUGCUGGGCCCAUCAGGCAUGCAUCCUACAGGGAUCCCCCACCCAGCCAUAGUGCCCCCUUCAGGCAAACAGGAUCACGAACAGUAUGACAGGGGCAUGUACGCGAAACCUCAGGAGGUCAAGCGGGAGAAGGAGCCUAAGAAGCCGGUCAUCAAGAAACCCCUGAACGCCUUCAUGCUUUACAUGAAGGAGAUGAGGGCGAAGGUCAUCGCCGAGUGCACAUUAAAGGAGAGCGCAGCCAUCAACCAGAUUCUGGGACGAAGGUGGCAUGCACUGACCCGGGAGGAACAGGCCAAGUACUACGAGUUGGCCAGGAAAGAGAGACAACUCCACAUGCAGCUCUACCCGACCUGGUCUGCCAGGGACAACUAUGAGGCGGGCCUUAGCGGGGUCGCAGGGGAAAAGAGUAAAGCUGAUUGGGGCAAGAAGAAGAGGAGAAAAAGGGAGAAGCUGCAGGACUCCAAUACAGACCCGGGCUCUCCUAAGAAAUGCCGGGCUCGCUUCGGCCUCAACCAACAAACGGACUGGUGUGGUCCUUGCAGGAGGAAAAAGAAGUGCAUUCGCUACCUUCAAGGAGGAGGCUGCCCCAGCCCAACUUCUUCAGAUUUAAGUGCUAUAGACUCUCCCCCCUCCCCUUCCCCUUCCCGCCACGGUCUGUACCAGCACCAGCGCCCCACCUCCCCGGGCUGCUCCCCACCACCCACCUCCCCGUCGACACGCCUCCCCUUGUCUCCGCCGACACACACACGCUCACACACACGCUUACCCCUGCAGCAGUCCGCCAGCAAGCGCGGCGACCUCCGUCUGCCCACGACCAAACACGCCCACACACACCUGGAACUGUCCGGCAAGCAGACGCACAGCUCGACGACGGCACUGUCGGCCGCCAAGGCUGCAGGACUUUCUCUCAAAGUGCUAACAGAGACUCAGUGAUCGCUCCGGUCCGCUCACAUCCGUGACCCCAUUCACCUCAGCUUCCUCCAGGAGCCGUGAAGAUCAUCUUCCUCACCUGCCUUCAUUCUCACUUAUCUAAACCCUGUGGUCCGUGUGUUUGAUUAAAAAAGAAAAGAAAGAAAAAGGAGUGACCAGUGGUGGCGAGGUGGUGUAGUGAUGAAGGGGGAUAGGUGAUCCGCCCUGCUACAGUGCCCCAGAGUAAGAUACUAGCUGUGUCCCAGUUCAGACGCUGGAUCUUCUAAAGUCUGCAUUUUUAGAGUUAAUAGAUCAUUAACAGGUCUAUUCUCUCUCAAAGCCUCCUUCAAAUGGUUAGUUCUGUAAUCAAGCGUUCAGACAAUCCCUGUCAACCUGGAAAUAUUACAAAAACACAUAAUAUUUGGUAUAUAUGUGGUUCAGGUGGUCACAAGCCUCGACAUAAGUUUAGUAUCUACAGUUAAAUCAGUCAAACUGUAAAUUUGGCAAUUAUAAACUAACUGAACUGACUAGGAGCACCUGAAUGUAGUCUGUGUGAGGCUAAACUGUUGAAUUAAACCCACUUGGGAUCCUUGGGAGGAUCCGGCCCCCUGAAUUGGUGACCAGAUCUCACCAGUCACCAAGAGUUCCAGUUGUACAGAGGGCAGACUUGCACUGAAAGGCAGAAUUAAUCUGGAACCUUAAAAUCUGUGGUUCUUUGGCUCCAUCUGCUGCAGUUUAAACUCAACUAAAACAAUUAAUUUUGCCUUGAGGACAGCUCUGCCUCUUGAAAAGAUAAUUUAAAAAAUACACCUCCUAAGCCCCUUGGUGCUCCUUUUUUAUUUUUCCAAAGCCGACCCUGUGUUUCAACCUCCAUGACAAUCACAAACAAGAUGUAUUGUAAAUGAACUCUUUGUUAAACAAAUCACAGCAACGCGGACCUAAAAAUUGAGGCAGAGAUUGGUUCUAAGAGCUAAUCUGGCAUCAAGGUGAGAGGGCAGAAGACUCUUUUUCAGACGUUAUUAUCCAUCACUCUCAGACCCACCCAGAGGGGAGGACAGACCAACAACCAGCCAGCCUGACCAGCAGAACCUCAGGUCUAAAGAGAGGGACAGAUUUUACUUCUUUCUUUUUUUUUUUAGCUGCCAUUUUCAGUUUGACUUCAGUUUCAUUCCAUUUCCAAAUAUUUUUUAUAACUACCUGUGCAGCCCCUGUGACAAAAGGAAAAUAAAACAAUUUUCAGCAGGUUAAAAAAAGUCAAAGAGAAUUCAACAUAAAACUCCCCAGCUUCAAGUUACAUCAUUUCUUUUAGGCACUUUCAGGCUGUCAGUCUCUCGCUAAGUCAAUGUUACAUUUUUGCUCCGUUUUCUCCAAAUUUAUUUGCAUUUUUUUUGCAUCUCAUGUGAUUUUUUUUUUUAAGGUCAGAUGUUUUGCCGGUGGGGAAACCCUCAGAGAAAGACGAGAGGUUUUGGUUGUUUUUUCCUUUGACUGAACAUUUUGCAGCUCUAUAAACUAAUCUGAGACCAAAUGGGUACUAUUAUAUUGCAUUGUGUUGUAAAGUUUUAUAAAUGUUGGAAUCCCCUAUUAUAAUAAACUUUUAUAUGUUUUUAUGUAAAAAAAAAAAAAAUAAGCGAAAUAACAAAAAAAAAGAGAUUUUUAGUUUCUACCAUUUCUUAAAGCAAUACAUUUUGUGUUUGUCCUUUUAUGUGCAGAAUUUUCUUGGUCAAGUGUUACUGCGGCAGCGUUCAAACGAUAUCUUGUGUUCUCAACCUGUGCAUGUUCCACCUUUUUAAAUGUAACAAAAAAUAGAUUUUGACUAAAAAAGGCUUUAAUUUACCGUUCUGCUUGCAGCUUUCAAACUCAGCUUACCACGCUGUGGACAAACUGUAGGCUGAGCUUUGUACAGCAAAACCGUUUUCCUCCAGCAGAGAGAGCUCUUGUGCUAGAAAUAGCUUGUUUUUAUUUUGAGAGUGUUCCCCAUAGUGGCAACGCCUUGAAGAUGUCUUUUGUAUUUUUUAACGCCUCUGAUGUAUUACUUGUUUUUUUGUUUGAUGUAUUAAAAGUGUUUUGAAUAUCUUGUCCAGGUCUACUGUAGUUAAGGCACAAGGACAUUUCAAGAAUGAUGGUUUCAGAGACAUAACUUUUAAAAUAAAAACAAACUGUCCCAAAGAA